AUGGAGUACAGGUGUCUGGACUGCACCACAGGCGACACAAUAGCCGUCGACCUCAAGGUCUUUCUGGACCUCAAGGAAUUCAAGUCCUACCUGUCUAACAAGUGGGGUGUGCCCCGCGCUCAAAUCCUGCUGCUGUACCCGUUCGGCAUAAAGCUUAAGGACUCAAACUUCAGGCACGCCAGUGACCUCGAGUCUCCCGAGAUUUACGUCUACGACAGAAGACUGUUCUCCCUGACCAACGAACCGCACACCGGCGCCGAUGCCCAUGCCGAUUCCGAUGCUGAUGCUGAUGCUGAUACUGCAGAUGUGGAACAGCAGGCAGCCCAGCUGCUCGACAGCUUGCUCGAGCAGAGAAGACACCCGCAGCUGCAGGACGACCUGAUAAGACCCAUACCGUCGCCGCUGGAGGACCUGAAGAUAGCAGACGGCAUCUCACACAGAACUGCAGUGAGCAUGCUCACUACGAACCUCGGCUGGCUUAGCGCCCUCGAGAUAGACGUAAACUACUACAGCUCCAUAUCUGAUAAAUGCAAAGAGGACACCCAGAGCCUCGCGCGGUGUCUGGGAACCUGCGAACAGUACUUGGGCCUCUACUGCUAUGACGUAGAGCGGCUAUACAAUUCCAACGUCGUGUUUCUGGAUCAACUGCAUGAGAAUAGCCUCCAGUCGAGAUGGAAGGAAUGCUACAAGAAUACUCUGACAAAACUAGCAGGACUCAAUGGCUACUUAAGCCAGUAUGUGGAUGAGGCAAAACAAAUAGAAAAAGAAGUGACACUGAAAUCUCUUGAUGGAAAAGUGAACUCGAAGUUGAAACAGAUUAAAAAAGAGCUGGACUCCUACGCUGAUCAACGGAAAUCGAUUCAAAAUGAAAUAGAAAACUUGAAGAACAUCAAGGAUAUGAAAAAUGAUGAUAACGAAUUGCAUGAAAUGCAGAAGAGCUUUGACUCUAUAGCUGACACCGUGAGAAAAGCAAGUAGAGAUAUCCUCGACAAAGAUGAUGCCCUGUUUACUGAUGAAUAUAUCACUCAGGAGGUUGUACCAGUCAUGAUAGAUAUACAGAAAAAGGUCAAAACCCUGUUGACAGUAUCUCAGGCCUUGUACGAGAAUAUGCAUGAACUACUGACUCAUAAGAGAAACUUUCAGAUUCAGAUCAUAGUAAAACUAGGACAAAUUGCCUGGAUUCAGUUACAAAUAUCUGAACUAAAACAAUACCUUUUAAAUGACUGCAAUGCAGACCUGACCUUAUACAAGGACUUAGAAGUCGAAUUUGCUCAAAUCGAGGAUUAUCCGUUGAUAUAUGGGCUAUAUUUGGUGGAAAAAUAUAGAAGACAGGUCUGGAAAUGCGGAAUGGCUAAGAAUAUGAUUUCGAUAUCAAAUGAUAUAAAAGAACGUUCAGCGGCCGAACUCACAACGAGAAAAAACUGGUAUAAGAACUUUGGGGAGCUGUCCAAACCAUUUAAUGAAGAUUUAACAAAAUAUAACGACCUUGAUGAAAUAUCAAAAUUGAUGAAUUCAGAUUCACAAUUCUUGAAAGAAAAAUUCAUUCAAGAUUUGCGCAAUGAACAGCGUAAACUAGAAGAUGUGAUAAAGAGCUUUAUAAAAAAUAUGCAUGAUUUAGGUUUGUCAAAGGAAACUACUCAAGUUUUGGAGCAAUCUUUCAAGGAGGCGUCAAAUUCUAAUAUCUGCUCUCAGAUAGAUGUUACUUAUGAUCACCGCAGAAUUAACAACGAAAAUGACCUCAUAAAAAGGUACAAAAUUAGAAUUAGAAAACUUGAAUCGCUGCUACAUGAACAAGGAUAUUCAAGUAUUUCGAAGUGGCCAUCUGGUGUUCUCAACCAUACAGACAGGCCAAAUUACUUUGCAGAUAACGUUUCUCCCGCUGGUAGGAGUUUACUAGUUUCGUCAUCAGCGCUGUUGGGUUUGGAACCUUCGGCGUCUUUGAAAACAGACGCAGAAAUGUUUGACUUGAAGAAGGAGAUCGGUGAUCUGUCAGAAAAAGUGACUGCUCUCGAAAAAGAUAACAAACUAAAGACGGAUCAAUUGAAGAUUACCCAUUCCAAGCUCAUAGAUAUAGAGGUUGAGAAGGCAGCCUUUCGAGAGACAUUGAACCAUCUGAAUAAAGAAUUAGCGAGGCUCACGGUAAAUGAGGAAGAUCAAACUAACCUUUUGAAAGAGGAAAGGCUGAGGUUUAAGAAAGAAAUGACUAGUGUGACUGUAGUCAAUCAAAACUUAAUGAACAACUUAGAUGCUCUGCAAAAGACCUUUGAAGAUGUGGAACUAGAAAAUGCUCACUUAAAAUCAAAACUGAAAGAAUUGCAGCAAAGACAGGACCAAUUAAUUGAAGAUAGUGCAAAUGAAAAACUUGAAAUAAAAAGCAAAUACGAAAAACUUAUCAAGGAAAAGGAUGAAAAUAUGGGGCAGGCAUUUGCUGUCACAAACAAAGCUAUUUCUGGAGAACAAAACAAAACGGAAAGCGAUAUUAUACAUUCAAGUCCUUAUCCUGAAGCCAUAUUACAUUUGAGAACUGAGCUUUUUGAUAUCUUUUCUACCAACAUUUAUAUUUUAGAGAACAUUGGACUUUUACUCACAGAGACAAGUGCAGGCAAAUUUGAAAUCAAGAGGGUGAAGGGUCUGAAGAAGGGAUUGAGUCAAAGUUUGUUAGACGAGAGUGCACAGAUCUCACCUAUUGACGGUGUUAUCAACAGUGUAGUCUAUAAAAAUAUUAGGGCACAGUAUGAACAAUUACCAAAUGAUAACAAUAUUUCCAACUGUGAGUUAUUUAUAUCUUCUGUUAAAAAGAUUUAUGAAAAUAAAUUAUUCGAAAGCGCUGUGAUAAAUCGUUUCAAAGAUAUAGAGACAUUAGCAAAGCGAUUGACAAAGGAAAAUAAGUCUAAAAGGAUUCUUAUUGACUUAUACCAAAAUGAGCGAUUAGCGGUUAAGGAUUUUCGUGUUAAUGAUUUAGCACUAUUUUUACCAACAAAGGAAGCGUUAUCAGAAACUAAGUCUUUGAGCUCUUCUAUGGCAUCAUCAUUUUCAUCAGUUGAUCUAUCCACACCUAUCAGCGGAGCCAAUAACAAUAUUACUGCAUCUCGGAAAAGUUUGCAUAAGCCGAAUGUGAAGCAUCCAUGGGCUGCUUUCACUGCAUUUAACGAAUCUUCAAGAUAUUUCUUAAAGGAUGAGAACAUGGUAACUGAUAAUAAAGAAUGGUUCAUAGGAAAAAUAACUGAUAUUCAACGACAAGUCGUUGAAAAUAUUAGCACAAACAACCCUUUUAAGCUUCCAAAAGAUACCGUAUGGUAUCUUAUUAGUGCGGAAAUGAUAUCAAUUGAUUGA